UUCAAAGUUAGAUUUUGUACUAUGUUUUGUACUUUUUGGUAAGUUUUAAAGUAUAAUAUUGAAAUUCACCUGAGUCCUCGCACCUUGUCCUUUUUGUUCUCAUUUUAAAUGCUUUCAGAGUUGUGGGUGAGUAUUCUGCCCCGUGUUUGUAUUGAAUCCGUUAUAAAUAGAUUAAAUGCAGGGGCGUGAGGAAUGGAAGAUUGUGUUGUGUGAGAAAGCGUGACACAGAAUCCAACUAUAGCCUGCCUAUAUGCGUCUGGGUUGAGGGGAAAUUGCAAAACCUCACAAGGGACUCACUGAAACGAACAAACGCUGUGGCGAAAUUAGGCCACCUCGUCAGCUUUAGGGAGUUCACAGGAUUCAUGCUGUCAUUAGUGGGUGCAAGGUCCGGAGCCCUCCAGGUUUUAGAAGUAUCAUUAAAUUAUUAACCUGGGAGGAGGAAACAUUGCUUUUGUUUUAUAAUGUAUGGCUCAGAUGGGACAAAGAUCAGAGGGCUCCAGACCUCGAAGGCUGGAAUUGUGAACCACAGCGGAAAUCCUUAUUUUCUUGAACAAUGACAAGGAUGAGAAGCUCCUGUAGUGCUGUAGAACCUGCAGGUGUAGAUUUUGAUUUCUAAACAAGAGGAGGAUUAUUUUUAGGGGGGAGGGGGAGGAGAGCAACAACAUCAUGAGCCAGCGGCACUCUGUCGGUUCAGUGGGGGACCAGGCUCCCCUCCUGCUGGCGGGACAGUUUGCUUCUGACCUGCAGCUGGAUGCCAGCCUCAGCGAGCCCUCGGCUGCCGGCCCAUCCAGAGAAAAGCACCGCUCCCUGGGGCACCUCCCAAAGGAGGACUUGUCCCUGCCCAAACUCUCCACCUCUCCGGAGAACGAGCCCAAGAAGAUCAUCCUGAGCACGCAGAGCGAGGCGUCCCGAAGGCGGGGCACCCAGCAGCUCAUUCCCAAAGGCCUGGCAGUGGCCAGCAGGCCCAAGCAGAGGUACCACACCACGGGGGUGAGCAUGCCCAUGUGGGAGGCCAUCUCGCAGCAGGAGAAGCGCGCCUCUGUGCCGGCGGUGAGCUGGGAGGAUUACGACGCGGAUGAUUUUGAAGAGGAUGGUGGCGGCAUGCUGAGCAGGAAUCGGAGGAAUCAGUCUUACCGAGCAGCGGUCAAGGGCUUCCACAACGGGGCCCCGGAGCCUGUGAAGACAGGGGCAAGUCUGAAACCCGUCCAGGAGGAGAGAGCCCCCAGCCCGCGCAGCCCCAGCAGAAGCAAGAAAUCUCUAGGACGGAAGAGGAAUGCUAAGCAUGGUGGCUCCUUCAAAGAUGAGCCGCGGCUGUACCAGGAGAUUCGGGAGAGGGGGCUCCACUCCAGCAACCAGGACCCAGACGACGACUUUGUGCACGUGGAGCAGCUGGGGCCGGACGAGGGAAUCGUGGUCAAGAACUACCGACCCACCCAGCUAACCUGGAGCCAGCUGCCCGAGGUACAAGAACGAGGCAUCCUGGAUCGGAUCUCGCCAGAGGAGCGGAAGCGACAGGAGGCCAUCUUCGAGAUCAUCCUGUCCGAACACUCGUACCAGCACAGCCUGAACGUCCUGGUGCGCCUCUUCAAGACGUCCAAGGAGCUGAGGAAGACCAUGAACAUCACGGAGCACCACCAUCUCUUCUCCAACAUCUCCGACAUCCUGGAGGUCAGCAAGAGCUUCUUCGCCGACUUGGAGAAAAGACACGGGGAGGACCCGCUGAUCAGAGACAUCAGCGACAUCGUGGAGAACCACUCCUCCACCCACUUCAAACCCUACAUAAUCUACUGCUCCAAUGAGGUUUACCAGCAGAGGACACUGCAGAAACUACUGGCGAGCAACACGGCUUUCAAGGAGGCUCUGAAGCACAUCGAGAUGACGGCGGAUUGCGGGGGGCUGUCCAUGAUCUCCUUCCUCAUUCUGCCCAUGCAGAGAGUGACCCGUCUGCCUCUGCUUAUGGAUACGAUCUGCCAGAAAACCAGCACAGACCUUGAAGAAUACCACUCUGCAGUGAAGGCUUUGAAAUCCAUCAGCAAGCUGGUGAAGCAGUGUAACGAUGGAGCUCGCAGAAUGGAGAGGACCGAACAGAUGUACACUAUACAGAAGCAGAUGGAAUUUGGCAAGAUUAAGCCCUUCCCCCUGGUGUCUGCAUCGCGGUGGCUGCAGAAGCGUGGCGAGCUGGCGGUCUGCACAGAGGAGCUCAGCAUCUUCUGGAAGGCUUUCACCAACAAGAGCUACUACCUGUUCCUCUUCAACGACGUGCUCAUCGUCACCAGAAAGAAAAGUGAGGAGAGCUAUCUGGUGAUGGACUACGCCACUUUGGAGCAAAUAGAGGUGCAGCUCCUAGAGAGCAGCGAGGGUCAGCUGGCGAGUGGUUCACCGCGCAGCAGCUCCAGCCCCAACCCCAACAUGUUCAAGGUGUUGAUGAAGAGGAACAGCGAGGGCAAGGAGGAGCAGAUUGCUCUGGUCGCAGAGUCUCCGAGCGACCGAGCUCGCUGGGUCAUUGCCCUCCAGCACCACAAACACACAGACAACGACGACUUAAACAAAGAAGAUCUUCCGCAGGUGGAGAUAAUAAAGGGCUACAGGGCCAAGCAGCCAGACGAGCUGAGCUUGCAACAGGCUGACGUGGUCCUGGUUUUGCACAAAGUGGAAGGCUGGUUCCAGGGGGAGAGGCUGCGGGACGGGGAGAGGGGCUGGUUCCCUUCGUCCUGCGCCACCGAGAUAACGAACCGCAUCGCCGUGGAGCGCAACGUGCGGCGCAUGGAGAGACUGCGCAAGGAGACAGACGUGUGAGCGAGCAGAGAGCCGCCAGUCCAGGGAGCAGAGGAGCCAGCCAGGCUGCAGCAGCUGUCUGAACGCAGCUGGAACACCUGCAAUGAAUUUGGGGCGCCGUGCAGUUCCAUGGCUGCGUAACAGAGAGGUUCAUUAGAAAUGGAUCAGUAACGCAGGACCCCCCCAGACUCUGUUUCUACUGGCAAACUGCACGUGAGCUGUGAAUGGAUUAUCCACAUUAUAUUGAUAGCAUCCUUUUUUUUUUAAUACAAGUUUGCUGAUUACCCAGACGAUUUGUGUGAAAAGCAUCUCUGAGCUUCAGAUAAAUGGUUUAUAUCCACUUCAGUCACUGCGUGUAUAAUUCUACCACAGUGUGGCUGUCCUAGUUUCUAAGUUUUAGCAGGGCAACUUCUCAAACUCCAUAGAGUUAGACAAAAGUUAUGACCGACGGGGAUAUACUUGUACAGUACAUAUGUGUAUUUAAAAAAAAAAAAAUCUUUUUGUCUAUAAUUGUCAUUGGGUCCCUGUGGGGGUAUGUAAGAAUUAUGCCACACAGGGAGCACUGUCUGAAUAUUCCAGGGGGCGGGGGAGCUCCUCCUCCUCCUCCUCCUCCUCUUGUUUGAAAUUGUUUCAGUUCAGCGUGAUCACAGAUGUUCUUGCUUACUCCAGUCCAGGCUGUGCUUCUGUAACGUUUUCUAAUGUGUGCUUGAUGGGAUAAAGAGGAGCGGAUGUCCAAAAAACAUAUUUAUACUGGGAAUGAAAGGGAUCUUUUAAGGGCGUGCCAAUACUUCAUGUAGUGUAAAUUGUGUUUACAUAUUUUAAUAUCAAAUAUAUAUCUGUGUAUUUUAAGGGGAAAGAGGGUGGUUCAUUUAGAUAGCUCAUUUUUAGUGAAGAAAUUGUUUUUCUGUUUUUGCCAGUAUUCCUGUGAAAUUGGCUUUUUUUUUUUUUCUAGGACAGCCUUUGGGACAUAUUUUCAAAGCAUUUACUUCAGUCUUUUAAUUACCUCCUAUUUUUCAAUAGGUGCUUUUCUUUAUAGUUAAUUUAAGAGUAAACGCUUUGAAAAUGUGCCCCUUUAUUCCUUACUUACCCUGCGCUAAUGGUGACAAGCUGCAUUGUAUAAUGUGUGUCUUAGUCUGUCUCAUUUCAGAUUCAAUUAAACUGUAUGCUUGUAAAUCA